ACGUCCCGAAGGCCGUUCGAAGCGGCGUUGUGUAAGAGGGGUGGUCUCCUUGAAGGCUUUACGCAAUCCCCUUAGCCGAGGCCCGUGCGUGGUACAAAAGCGCCAGGGUCUCGCGCGGUUUCUACACUGCACCUCAUAUCCAUACUGUUUCUAGUUCGGUGCUUGCUUGAUCCUAUUCCCUCUUGACCUUUACAAAAUGCCUUCCGCCGAACCUCCGAAGCGAACUCAGGUCCUCGUCAUUGGUGGUGGCCCUGCCGGGAGCUAUGCUGCCUCGACACUCGCCCGCGAAGGAUUCAACGUCGUUCUGUUCGAGAUGGCCAAGUUUCCUCGCUACCAUAUUGGCGAAUCUUUACUCCCGUCCGUGCGCCAUUAUUUGCGGUUCAUUGAUGUGGAAGAGAAGAUCGCUGCAUACGGGUUUACGCGCAAGCCUGGCUCGGCCAUCAAAUUCAAUCAAUAUAUGCGUGAAGGAUACACGGACUUCGUCGCUCUCGGUGCCGAGAACAAUGCGUGGAACGUCGUCCGCUCCGAAUUUGAUCACUUGCUCCUCCAGCACUCUUCCUCGUCCGGCGUCCGCGUCUUUGAACAGACUCGCGUGACCGAGAUCAUCUUUGACGACUCGAGCAAGUCGACCGCCGGGACCUCCUCACCACGUCGCACUGGCCUCUACACUGUCGAUGAAGAUGAAGAUGAAGAAGCGGUACAUGAGCUUGGGCGUCCGACCUCUGCCGUGUACGAGACCGUCAUGGGAGGCAAGGGCGAGAUUGCGUUCGACUUCUUGGUGGAUGCUAGUGGACGUGCGGGCCUGAUGAGCACAAAGUACCUGCGAAACAGACGCUUCAAUGAGUCGCUCAGGAACGUGGCUGUCUGGGGCUACUGGCGAGGCACCGAUAUGUACGGCGCGGGAACGGGGCGCGAGAACGCACCGUGGUUUGAAGCUCUGAGCGAUGAAUCUGGCUGGGCGUGGUUCAUCCCACUACACAAGGGGCUAACAUCAGUUGGCGUCGUCAUGGACAAAAAGCAACUCGGCCUCCGCUCUCGUGCCUCCUCUUCCGCCAGUACGGUCCAAACACCGCCACUGCCAGGCAAGCGCCACCGAUCGCUCUCGACGCGCACAUCCUCCACGCUCGCAGAGCGCUAUCAGAGCCUCCUCCAGCUUGCGCCGGGCGUGCUGAAGCUCAUCGGAGAUGGUGAGCUGGUAGGUAUGGACGAAAACUGCGCAGAGGGCGGUGAGGGCCCUGCGGUGCGCAGCACGAGCGACUUCAGCUACUCUGCAAAUACCUAUGCGGGAGAGGGCUUUCGUAUUAUCGGAGACGCUGGAGCGUUCAUUGACCCGUUCUUCUCUUCCGGGGUUCACCUCGCGCUCACAGGCGGGCUAUCAGCUGCCGCAUCCAUCUCCGCCUCGAUACGCGGAGACUGCUCCGAGCUCGAGGCCGCACAGUGGCAUAGUAGCCGGGUCGCGAUCUCGUAUACCAGGUUCUUGGUCGUCGUCCUUAGCGCAUACAAGCAGAUUCGCGCGCAGAAGCAAAACGUGUUGGCCGACGUAGACCAGGGCAGCUUUGACAAGGCAUUCGUGUUCCUUCGACCAGUCAUCCAAGGUGGAGCGGAGAUGGGCACGCGCCUCUCCGAGGACGAGCUGCAGAAAGCCCUCGACUUCUGCGUGCACCUGUUCAGCCCAACCACGCCUGAACAGCACGAGGCCGUGCGCAAGAGACUGGAGCAGCUCACGGAUAUCCCUACCUCAUCGACAACGGCAGUGGAUAAUGAGCCAAAGCCGUUGGAUCGGCAGUCAAAGGAGACAAUUAUCCCGCAGCAAGACGUGCCUGGCCUGUUGGACGUGCAUACACCGAUCGUAGACCCAGCAAAGCUCAAGGAAGUCCUAGCGCACCACAGCAUGUCGCUGCUAUCUUCAAGCGCUGAACGGAUUGAGGCCGACGCAGAGGUCAAGAUGGUGCUUGAUAAAGUAAACGCUCGCAGAGUCAUACACUCUGAGCACGGAAAUGGGCUGAACAGUCUUGAGGAGGAGGCAGUGGAUGGCUUUGUUGUGAGAUUGAGGAGGGGUCAGCUGGGACUGCGGAGGUCUUCGCAAACCUGA